AUGCCGUUAAUAGUCACAGAUUAUACCUGGGAAGAGACAGACAAAAUAGUAUGGAUUACCGUUCCACUUAAAGGUGUAAAACCCAAUAAAGUUGAUGUGUUUUUAUCUGACGAAUAUUUAAAGGCAAGUUACCCACCAUACCUAUUUGAAUGUCUUCUUGUGGGAUUGGUUGAUGACACGAAAGGUUCAGCUCAAAUUGGCAAUGGAACGGUUGUAUUCAAGCUGGUCAAGAAGGAAGAGGGUUUAUGGAAUACUCUGCAGUCUCCAGAUGCUGCUGACAAGAAUAUUAUGAAGCAAAAACGUGAAGAAGCAUUUGAAAAGAUUAAAAAAAGACUUGAGGUUGAAUCAGCCCAAAAAGCUGAAACAAAAAGGCUAAAUGAAAAAUUGGCAAUCAAUGAGAUGAUGAAGAUAGAAGAUGAAGCCCGACACAGAAUUUCUGACAUUAAAGAAAAUGAAAGAAAGAAAGCUACAGAUGAUCUGGAAAAGUGGAAAGAAGAACAAAGACUGAAAGCAGAAAAA